CUGGGCAGCUUGUAAAGUAUUUAGUUGUAAAAUUAUACUUGUCAUAUUUACACUUGUCAGACACUUUAGAUAAUGUAAGUCAUAAGAUAUAACGGGAUUAUCAAGUAGGUAAAGGCGCAACGUCCUAUCAGCACAAGCAGCCUCCUUCAUAGAGAUCCAGAUGAAGAUCACCUAGUUGGUAAGCGUCAACAGAAGCCGUAUACCGGGCAGUAUUAAAGAGCAGACCAGAAGAAGAAGAAGAGCAGCCGUACCCGGAGUAGUAUACAGAGUCAUGUCAGUGGAACAAUCGGCAGGUGUUCCAGAAUCCUUGGGCGAUAUGCCGUGCCAGGAGGAUUAUCAGGAACCAUUGCAAUGCCCGAUGUUAUCCGGGGAGCCGUACCACGAAAUCGCUCAGGAAUCGAGUCAAAAUUCAUCGGAAAAGUGUUGCGAGGACUCGUGCCAGAAAGAGGAUCAAGUUUUGUUGUGUCAGAAUUCGUGCCCUGAGGAGCUCUGCCCGAUGGCCCUUCAGCAAUCAAUGCAGAAUCCUUCGGGUAUGGAAGAAUUGAACAAGGAUUCAUGUGCGGAAGAAUUGAACAAGGAUUCAUGUGCGUUGCCUGAAGAGCUCUACCAGCAGCUGUUGUGUCCAGGAAAGUGCCAGAAGUUGUGUCCGGAAAAGUUUCAGAAGUCGUACGUGGUAGAGUGCCACGAUCACUACCUAAAAUGGGAUAAGGAAGAGUACCGAAAACUUUACCCAGAACAGGAAUUUUCGCAGGAGUCGGGCACAGAGAAGUAUCUGGAAUUAUACGCGAAGCCUAAUUUGUUCUUCACUAAACAACCGACUACGGAGCAGAACCAGAAGCAGUCCCAAGAACCAACAGAGUCAGCUGAGCAAACUAAGCCGCACGUGUCUGAGGAGCCUUACCGCGAGUACUCGGAGCUGCCGCUCCAAAAUAUCUCCGAGUUGCAGUACUCCGACUUCAUUCCAGAUUUGUCUCUAAAUUUGUACCAGGAAAUGACCGCGAUGCAGUAUCAGGCCAGCGAAGCGCCUUCGGAGAUACUGCCACCAGCUCGCACGCCUGCUGGCAUGGGCCAGUUAUCUACCAAUUCUAACCAGAAGAGAAACAUCAGUAGCUUACCCCCAAAUAAGGGUGCCGAUCAAACGCAGAAGCGCAAGUCCAGAACUCCCUGCGUAAAGUGCAAUACUGCUUCACAAACCUAUGAGCAGGAAGCUAAUUCCCGUCGUGACACAGCUAAUCGAACAACGGACUACGGCAGUCAAUCACCACUCGCCAGCGAUCAGAGUCGUCGUCAAACAACUGAAGAUGCCUACAUCCUUGGCUCGACCAAGAGUCAGCGAACUUCGACGAAUAACGCUGAUCUGCGUCGUCAAACAACUGAAGAUGCCUACAUCCGUGGCUCGACCAAGAGUCAGCGAACUUCGACGAAUAGCGCUGAUCUGCGUCGUAAAACAACUGAAGAUGCCUACAUCCGUGGCUCGACCAAGAGUCAGCGAACUUCGACGAAUAGCGCUGAUCUGCGUCGUCAAACAACUGAAGAUGCCUACACCCGUGGCUCGACCAAGAGUCAGCGAACUUCGACGAAUAGCGCUGAUCUGCGUCGUCAAACAACUGAAGAUGCCUACACCCGUGGCUCGACCAAGAGUCAGCGAACUUCGACGAAUAGCGCUGAUCUGCGUCGUCAAACAACUGAAGAUGCCUACAUCCUUGGCCCGACCAAGAGUGAGCGAACUUCGACGAAUAGCGCUGAUCUGCGUCGUAAAACAACUGAAGAUGUCUACUUCCGUGGCUCGACCAAGAGUCAGCGAACUUCGACGAAUAGCGCUGAUCUGCGUCAGCAGCAAGGACCACCGACCAAACCAAACAGCGUAAUCGGCUGGCAGGGCUAUGAAGUUGAACCCGAACCGGUCAUGUAUUGCACCAGGAACCCAGAUUCGCUCGUUGCCUCAUCGCGACCCACCACCGUGCGUAUGUGUUGCGAAGCUUACAAGGGUUCGAUCGCGCAGCCCAGUGCUAAACAGAAGUACACCAAGCCGCCGCCCAAGCCAUUCUGUAAAGUUUGUACAACACGCAAGCCCGAGCUUACCACAUUGAGUGAGCCACAGAAUUCACAUAGGAUGCUGCAUUGCGCCAAUUGCAACGCCUGUAUUACCGAGCCGCAAAUGCGUGGCAGCGAGUCGAGGGCCCAGAGCUCAUCGCGUAACACACAACCCAUGAUACAUGGAGAGUCGUCGGAGCAGCCUAGCCAAUUUUCGCUGCCAAACGCUGCACCGUCAAAUUAUGCUGAUGUACCGAGGACAACCUAUCAUGAUACGAACAAUGAAAGUUUGGUGCUUUGUCAGCACUGCAAAGCUCUCUAUGAGCGCGUCUACCCAGCCAAGGAUCCGUCGCCCAGAUCGACUAUGGAGGAGCGCUACGAGCCGGAAUACGUUUCAUCCGAUGAACCGUAUCCAGGCUGUACGAAUUGCACGAUAACCCGACAGGAAGCUCAGGAGAAAUCAUCAAUAUCAAGGGACUAUGCGCAAUAUAUAGCAUCGAAUCGAAAUACCUUGGUGAGCGUCAGACCGGACCACGCCUGCCCAAAUUCCAAGAAAAAAGCCAAAUCGCCAAUAAUUCAGACGGCUUAUGGCUAUCGACCCUGUCAGGCGCCACAGCAACCCGAACGGGAGUUCACUGUGGACGACUCCAAAGUGGACUACAUGGAGAUGCAAUCGGGCAGCGGACGUUUCGUUAAGAAUCCGUUAACCAUUUCCAGCUGCAGUUGCAAUAUUCAAAAACGUUUUAUACCCGAGCCGAGAAAGAAAUCGAAGUCCCAAAAGUUGAGCGGUCCACCAAUGCCGCUUUGCGAAUACAGUGGCAGCCGAGCGCCAUCGGAGAGCAUGCCUGCCCGACAGGAGGAGACCCAGGGCAUACCCCCACUCAACAAUAAUGUCUGCUGCGCCAAUUUCGUGCCCGAGAAGUAUUUCCAGGAGAAAAGUGUGCCCAAAACGAAUCAAAGAUUCAGCUCUGGUCUAGCGCCAAGAACCUCCAGCAUCUCACAGAGAGCACGUUGCCAGCCACCCAACAGCUCUUUUGCGCGUAUUAGGCCAGAGAGUAGCCUGCAUUUGACAAAGCGACGCUUCAAGAUACCCAGUCGUCGGCUAUCUGGCUGUGGUACUGCGCCGGCCAGCAAGAAACUUACAGCGACGAGCCUGAUUAAGCCCUGUACGUUACGUGUGCCGAGCAAGGCACAAGGUCUCAAGUGCAAGCAGCUAUGCACCGGUGGCAAGCUGACAACGAGUGCCUCUAGUAGCAAACAUACAAAAGCUGCCAAGCCUAAGCUAGAUGCACAAUCCGUAGCCGCCCAUAAAUCCAACCAAGCCUCCGGCUCGAGGACGAAACGCACUCAGUCGACGACAGUCAAGCGCAAUCGACUGUCAACUCAGACGCAAACAGAGCCAAAGCACCCACUCAAAGCCAAGUCACGAGCUGAUCUGCCCACAAGAUAUCAGCCACAGACGCAAUGUCACUCAACUUGCAAAUCAACAGCUCAGAACGAAAGGUCUGAGCGAACUACAGUCCAGAAGCGAGUCCAGAAGAAGCACACAUUAGAGAACUGGCAGGCGGAAGAGCUCGCACGACGACCAUAUGCCGAAACGGAAUGCGGCACACAGUAUGCUCAGCCAGAGCAGGACGAUCUAGUGGAGCUGGCGCCAAGUCCCCAUUUUGUACAUCAGCACGGUAAUAAUAGUGCCGGUUGCAUGGACACCAAUAUCCAUCAUUUCUAUCGCGGCAGCUUUCUGUCCAUUCGGUCCACUGUGCAGGCGGAGAAAGCCCAUGUUGCCUCCGGGCGACGUCAAUCGCUGCUGACUGUUGCCGAGAACAUAUUUAGGCCGGAAAUUUUAAAGCAAACUCAACGGAGAGGCUCGUCCUUUGUGGUGCCCAACAAGUGGCAGAUGAUUCCCCAGCUCAAUGGCUUUAUGGGCGCCAGUGCGAUUGUGCAACUGGAUAGCAUGAAGGGUUCACGAACGGUCAGCAAGAGCGGCGGCUGGUCGUGGCGCAAACUGUUGCCCAAUUGGCUGCUCAAUAGCAAAACGAAGGCAACGAGUGCAUAGCCAACGCUGUCAGAA